AUGCUAGAUGGCUGCGUAAAAUAUCAUUCAUACACUGUCUACUCCGGCAACAUGAAGCUCCCCGUCAUUCUUCUUUUCCUCGUCGUCUCCAGCCUCUGCUCCAACACGGAGGAUCCAGAAUUUGACUUUGAUAUCGACGCCUUCUUUGGAUAUGAUGCCUCUCAGAACACGACGACUACUGACCCGACGACUACUGAACCGACGACUACUGGACCGACGACUCCUAAACCGAUCAUAACAACGACAGAGGUGCAAAAUAUGAAUUCUCUUGAGCGCCUUGAGCAAUUCGGCGAAAACUUUUCUUAUGAAGAGUGGGCUUGGUUCUCCAUCAAUUGCAUCCUGCUCGAAUAUGCUGGCAUUCAAUCUCGUUCGAACGAAUCCGAGUUGGAUGAAGUGGAAGAAGCAUGUAUGACGGCACUGUACCGAACGGUAGUGGCAAUGGAGCCAGCAGUUUUAUUCGACCCAAACGAAGUCGAAUGGAACCUGAAUACAUUCUUCAUGUUGGAGACCGAAAUUCGAGACAUGAACGAAGACGAGCAGAAUCACAAAAGGGCGGAGAUCCUUAUAGAAACCAUGAAGAAGUUCCGCGAAUCGAGAGAAGACGAUGAAGGAUUCGAAUCAGAAGAGGAAAUGGACGAAGAUGAAUUUCAAGAUGGGGAAAUGGUCCGCUGGGAAAGCGACGACGAGGAGGAUGAAUAG